CAUUGCAUGAGAGAAGACUCCACUCUCAAAACAAUAACAACAACAACAACAAAAAAAAACAAAUAAAGAAAGAAAGAAAGAAAGAAGAUUGGUGCCGAGUGAGUGAGUGGGUUUCCAGGAAGAGAAUAAAGAAGAAAUGGUGUCGGACUCGGACCUCGUGACUCGGCUCCGUGAAAUACUCAGGAGGUCGGACUUGGACACGGCCACUGCCGGCAGUAUACGGCGGCAGUUGGAGGAGGAUCUCGGCGUUGAUUUAUCGGAGAAAAAGAAGUUUAUUAGAGAGCAAAUUGAUACUUUUCUCGAAACCUUUAAUGGAGGAGAAGGUAAAUCAGAGAAUGUGUCAGAAAAUGAAAAUACCGAAAACGACGCCGUUGGUGACGAGGAAAAUGAAAACGACGCCGUUAAAGAAGAAGAGGAAGAGGUAGAGACUGAGACAAAGGAAAGCAAAGGGUCAAACAAGACAGGAAAAGUGAGGAAAAGAGGUGGCUUUACUAAAUUAAGUAGCUUAUCUCCACAACUUCAAGCAGUUGUUGGAGUGCCUGAAUUGGCCAGAACUGAGGUUGUGAAGAAGCUUUGGGCCUAUAUCCGCGAGAACAACUUGCAGGAUCCAAAGAAUAGGAAAAAAAUAAAAUGUGAUGAAGCAUUGCGUGCUGUCUUCCGUGUAAAUUCAAUUGACAUGUUUCAAAUGAGCAAAGCCCUGUCCAAGCAUAUUUGGCCAUUAACUGGAGAAGAUGAAAGUGUAAAACAGAAAGAAAAAUGUGAAGACAGUAAUGAUUUUGGGAAUGAAGGAGACAAUGGAGGGGAAGAGGAGGAGGAACAAGAAGAGGAGGAAGAGGAAGAGGUAAAGAAAGAGAGUAAUGGAAGAAGCAAGAAAGGACGUAAAUCUGCUAAGGUGGAUGAAAAUGUUAAGAAAAGAGGAGGCGGCUUUACUAAAUUGUGCAGUCUUUCUCCUCAACUUCAAGAGCUUGUUGGUGUUCCUGAAUUGGCCAGAACUGGGGUUGUGAAGAAGCUCUGGGCCUAUAUCCGGGAGAAGAAUUUGCAAGAUCCAAAGAAUAAGCGAAACAUAAUAUGUGAUGAAUCACUGCGUGCUCUUUUUGAUGUUGAUUCUAUUGACAUGUUUCAAAUGAAUAAAGCCCUGUCCAAACACAUAUGGGCUGUCUGUGAGGAAGAUGCUCCAAGCAACUCUUCACCAAAGGAAAAGGGGGCUAAACAAGGAAGAGAAGAAGAUCCUGAUGAACCUAAACAGAAAGAAAAACGGCAGAAGAAAGGUUUAUGAUAAUCUCUUGUUGUAUCAUACUGAUGCAUUUGGAUCCUGCUGAUAAGAGGAGAAUUAUUUGUGAUGACAAGCUAAAGGAACUAUUUGAGGUUGACUCCUUCAAUGGCUUCACAGUCUCAAAGCUCCUGUCAUCUCAUUUAUCAAGACAGAACAGUGAGUUGCUUAUAUGUACAUAACUUGAGCCCAUCAAAAGUGGGAAAUUUUGCUUGAGUUGAAUUUACCCUUUUCCAUUUCGCUCUGGCAGCCUGUAUGCUCUUUGUUGAAGAAAUGGAAAUAGUUUUGCAAAA